AUGAACAAAGUAAAUAGCGAGGAGCUCGUUGUCAUCAGACAUAUGCUCCAAAGUGGGAUUCGUUUGGAUGAAAGACGGGCUCACGAGCACCGAAGUUAUAAGACAAGAGAAGACAACCUACCACUUUACGAUGCUAAUGUAAGCGUGUCACUGGGCAAUUCGGAGCUGACACUAUACUUCAGAUACAGCGAAACAAGCAGGAUUGUAGAAACUGAUAUGCAAGAUAGUAUCAGUUUUGACAACUUUUUUGUCAUAAAAGAUAGAUUAUACAAAUUAUUUGAUGUGUUCAAGCUCGGUUGCAUUGUUGAAUACAAGGUAAUUCGCGACGAUGGAAGUUUGCUGAGCCUGUUCUACAGCGCUUUUGACAGAAUUUUGCGCAGUAUUAAAUUACCGUAUAUAUGCGAUAAUUACGAGUUUGUGAAAGAUAAAAAUGACAAUCUUGUGUUUAAGACAGCUAAUUCAGAUUAUUUUGUGAAGAUGGAUAGCGUGAAUGCGAUUACAUAUGGGCUUAUAGAUGACUUUUGUAUCAUCGACCCUACAUUCGUGGAGGAACAAGCUUCUGAUGCUGUUCUGACCGUGCUACACCAGGGUGAUACAAUGAAUGGCCUUUAUUUAUUUUCAGAGCAUGGUAUUGCCUUGGAAACGCUCAACAGGUUCCUGGAGAAUGAUCUGUUGCCGAAAUAAAAGCGUAUACAUUAGAUACUGGUAACCGGUCACGGAUAGGGCGAGCCAAAAUGGUUUAGAAAUUUACUAAACGACAGAAUGAAAUAUUCAGGGCUUGAAAACUUUUUCUGAAAAUUGUCUCGUAACAAUUUUAACAGGUUAAAUAAUACGUUAAACAACGAAAGUACUUUUAAUAUCUCGCACAGAUAACCUUAUGGACCAAAAGACAUGCCCACUACUUUUCUAAGAUCGAUAGCAUUUCCUCGAUAAUCUCUAUUUCUCUGUUGUCUACACCUUCAAUUUCAAAUUCGAACUUCUUAUUGAUGAGAUCACACAAUUCAUUGUCCAUGUAAAUGCCCUCGUGUACGGUAUCAAACAGCUUCAUACUGUUUUCAUAGUUAAACGUGAUGAUCUCGCUCGAUUCUCUGAUGUCAUCGUUUAGUUUGUUUAUGUCACUCCUGAUACUCACAACUUUCUCAUAAUUCUUGUUCAAUUCGGGGUCCUCAACCGUUGUCUUGUAGGUCUCGUACAAAUGCUUCGUUCUCUCAUGCUUCAGUUCAAUGUCACGGUACGCAGUUGGUUGUAUAUUUAUGUACUCUUCAAUAUUUUGGAUAACCUUUUGAGUAAAAGGAAUUAGCUGUCCUAGCAACGCCUUCUUUUUUUGCUCUGCCAGCAUUGUGGGGAUUAAAGUCUUUGGUGCAAUGUUUAUCUUUUCUAUCUUUGGAACACUUGCCAAC